CUGGAUGAAGCGGGGCUGACAGACGAUAACAUAAUUCAUUUUUUAUUAUUGGUGUGAAAAGAAAACUUCCUUUUAUUCGGAAUAAAAUACUUUUAUUUUUCGCUAAUAUAUUUAUUGUUUGUUGUCUUAAUUAGAAGAAAAUCAGCUUUGAUAAAGUGCGUAUGUUUGAACCAUUGAGAAAAAAAAAAACAAAAUUUUUUUGAACAUAAUUCAUCUUGAUCUGAAUCUGGAGGGGGCUUUGUUGGACUUGGAUCUGGACGAGGAUGCAGAUAAGACGCUGGUGGAGGUUAACGAAGGCAGUAAUGCUUCGUGCAAUUCAGAUCAACCUCCACCACUCUAAUGCAGCUUCAGUUGCGCUUCUUCUCCGCUUACAAAGGGGUGGCGCAGAUAUGGUCCUGGUCCAGGAGCCCUGGAUAGCAUGGAGAAAGAUCUGCGGACUGAGGACGCCAGGAUACAAGCUGUUUUAUAGUGACGACAGUUCGAAGACUUCACUGUAGUCAGUCUGGAAGCUGGUGGCAGUACCUCUUGGUGGGCAUCAGUAUACCUGCCCUUCGACUUCCAGGGAAAGCUACCGCCCGAGAAUUUGAAUGACAUGGUGGAGAAGGCUAAGUCUCUGCGAACCGGGGAGCGGUUCCAAUGCGCAUCAUGUAAUCUGGGGAAGCUCGGACACCAACAUGAGAGGAAUGAUUCUUUGAUCAAUUUCCAGCAAAAAAUUGUAUGCUUGGAGAGGUGCAGAUAUAUUCAUGUUCAAGUUACGGCUAGUUGAAAAAAAAAUUCACCAUUUGAUUAAUACAUUUAACACUGGCAAAACUAUGAGAGACGGAGAAAAAUGUUAUUUGGGUUAACUACUCGUAUUAGAUCUCAUCUACGCAAAUUUUCGAAAAACACUUUGAAUUUACUUACAUACACAUGUAUUAAAAUGAAAUAAACUUUUCACUAAGUGUUUUGUUUUAAUCUUUUAAAUUGAAAAACUUACAUAUUUAUACAUACAUAAAAACCGUGUUGCUAAUUACGAUAACGCAGAAUAACUUUAACUUGAUAAUACGAGUAUGGAUGCUUCAGUAAAAGUAAUACUGUUGGUGAAAUCCAGACCAGAAUUAUAUGAUGUAAACCAUCCGGAUUAUGGAAAUAAGCGCCAUCACACAAUCGUGUGGAAACAACUUGCAGGAAAAAUGGGCGUAAAAGUUCAACAUUUAAAAGCAAAGUGGAACUCACUCAGAAAUUCUUACGCUAGAACUAUCCGUCAAGAAAUACUAAACCCUAAUGCGCCAGAAAAGAGUUGGUAUUUAAAGUCUUGCAUGAGUUUUUUGAAACCGCACGUUGCACAUAAAAUUAAAAGAUCACAAUAUUUAGAAAAAAUUAGAAACGGCGAAUUAUUAGAUGACGAUGAUAGCCAAAAUACAGACUUUAAUGAUAUAGAUGAGUCUACAAAUAUGGAUGAAGAGAAAGAUGAUGAAAUUAUUGUAAAUUCUCCAUUGCAUAACAACAACGAGUUUGAAGAUGAGCACAUAGAAAUUGAAAAUCAACCAAUUGAUUAUAUAGAGUCUAGCUCACAAGCAUUAACUACAGUUCACGAUUUUACUAUAAAUGAAGAUAAAACUAAAGAUCGGUCUAAAAAAACUAAAGAACAUAACUUGGAUAACAAAAAUUUGACUGUACAAGAAAAUCGAAAUUUGUUGAAAAAAAAAAGUACAGAUAAGAAUAUCACGGAAAGCGUUGAUAAAACUCCAGAAAUUUCUUUUAACAUUCGUCAAGACGAUGAUCAAGAGUUAAAUAAGAAAGUCACAUUAAAGCCAACAAAAAUUAAAAAGAUCAGAUCCAAAAAUUUUGACCAAAUUUUAGAGCUAUUGGGUAGAUAUUGCACCGAACAUAUGACUACAGCUUAUGAAGUCGAAUCUGAUAGUUUAUUUUUUCAAAGUAUAUUAAGCGAUUUUCAAAAAUUAUCUGACAAAAAAAAAAGGAAAUUUAAAACACGAGUUUUAAGCGAAUUAAAUGAUUUGUUAGACGAAACUGAGUCAGAAAACGUUCCAAAAAAUAUAAUUUCCAACUGUCAGUAAUAUUAUGUAAUUGUUGAAUCCUGUAAAAAUAAACUAUUUUGCGUAAUAAAUUUUAAUUUUGAAA